UCUAAUCACUAAAGAUUUAAUUUUUUGUGUUGAUGGAGUACAAAAACGAGCGAAAUGGUCACAUAUACUGGAGUUAUAUAAUGAAGACUGCAAGAUACCGGACUGAAAAAUGUUGCCUAGGCUCUCAGACAAUCAUGUUAUUCCAGAGAAAAUAUUCAAGAUGAAAGUGAAGUGCGCAGCACAAGUCUUCUCCCAGAGAGUUUCAUCUACAAUGAAUUUUUUAUCAUCUCGAAAUAUUAUUAGCCCAGAUGCUGUAGAUACUGCUUUUCUCUGUCAGUUUUUUGAUAAUCUCUUCGAUUCUUUGAACGGCAGCUUUGACAAGAUUGUAGAUGGCAAAAAAUAUCGAACAGCAGUAAAAAAAAACUCGCCACACCAUGAGCUAUGGGAUCAAAGCCUAAAAAUCCUAAGUACAAUGCGUUUUAUUGACAAAAAUGGGAAAACGACGUCUGUUCCAACAAUAAGAAAUUGGAUUUCAACAAUAAAAAGUUUUCAAACGCUAUAUAAGGUUUUGCAGUCUGUGAAUAUUCGUUCAUUUUUACCAAGGCACAUAAAUCAAGACUCUCUUGAGAACUUCUUCGGAGCAAUUCGGUCGGUAGGGUCCACAAAUCCAAACUGCAAUGCUUUUAUAAUGGCCUACAAAACAUUGGUAUUAAACAAUUUGGUCUCACCACAAUCUCCGGGUGCCAAUUGUGAGGAAGACUUCACUGAAGGUAGCUUAUCUUCAUUUCGAAAUUUAUUUGAUAAAGCCAAACACUUCCAAACAAAGACUUCUACUGGUAUAAACACAGCUGCUGAUUUUUCAGAAACAACUAACCAAUUGUCACUUACUACAGCAUUUGUACAAGGACAAACAAAAACCUUUAUUGCAGGAUAUAUUUUAAAGAAAUUGAACAAAGACUUAUUUAAAAACUGCAAAUAUUGUCUUAGUCUCUUGUGUUCUACUGUUUCUAAUGACCAUGACCAUCAACUUAUCUCCGCUAGAGAGUACAAAUCUAGUUAUCAGUCAUUGAAGUAUCCUUCAUUGUCUCUAAAAUCAGUUGUACACAAUAUAAUUUCUUAUGUUGGAAAAAAAAUGCCUGUGGUGUGUCAUCAUGAACACAUAUUUUAUAACCUUUGCAACGAUGUACAUAAUAUUUUCAAUUUUGAUGAUAUUUUAAACUGUCCUGAACACCAUAAAAUAUUUCCAAUUAAAAUUGUUGAGAUAGUAGUUAAAUUGAUGAUAAAUCAUUAUUGUACAGAAAUCAAUCGUAUACUAUUAGGUAAAAAAAAGGUUCGACCAAAUGAAAAUGACCCGAUAAAAAAAAUAGCUAAUGCUUGGCAUUUGAAACACAGCAAACGAAAGGUGCAAGGGAAAUUUAAUUUAGUGACGUAAAUUUAGUGUUAUGUGUUCACUUUAAAUAAUUUUUAUUACUUCUAAUGACAUUGUUACAAUUGGAAUAAUUAUUCUAAUAACAAGACUAUUGACAUUUCAUUAUAUUAUUUUAUA